AUGAACAAAAAGUUUUCGCCCAUAAAAGAAACAAAUAUUGAAAAAGGCGCCAUCGAUAUAUUUAAGCAAAAAAUCGAAAGAAAAAAACAAAACUACCUAAGGUUCAAUUUUGCAAAAUGUUACGAAAAUAGGAAGGGUGAAGAGAAAGGCAACGAUGAAGAGUACGAUAGUGCAAUAUGCCCGAACGACGCAGUAUGCGCAAACAACAAAAAGGUGAUACCCAUACAUACAUGCGACACACACGAUAAAUACAUUCUCAAUUUGCAUGAUGAGGAAAGCCAAAGCUGCAAAGAAGACACCCAUGAGGAAGAAGGAGAAACAGAGGAAGGAAAAGAGGAAAAAAAUAUAUAUAACUCCAUUGAUAUAAAUACGCAACAAAAAAAUGAACAAAAAAAUGAACAAAAAAAUGAACAAAAAGAUGAACAAAAAGGUGAACAAAAAGGUGAACAAAAAAAUGCACACAAAAAUUCACACAAAAAAGAGGAAAACAUUUACAUUCCAUUAAAAAUUUUGUCCAACAGAUAUGACUACAAUGAUAUCGUCCAGGCGACAAACAAUUUUGCAGAGGAAAAUAAAAUUGCCAAAGGAGGAAAUGGAGUUGUUUACAAAGGAAUGUUAAAAAGUUGCAUAAGUGUAGCUAUAAAAGUGUUAAAUAAAAAUGAAAAUAACGGUUUCGAAAAUGAAAUAAUCAUCAUGAGCAGAUACAGACAUAAAAAUAUUUUAUCCCUCCUUGGGUACGCUGCAAAUACAAACUAUUUUUACUUAAUUUAUGAGUAUGUUCAUUUGGGAGAUCUACGAACCCUUCUGUUUAAUCAUUACUAUUUUUAUAGUGUGAGAGAUAGGGGAAAUGCAGAGGGACAUGUGGCCUGGAAUGUGAAACAGGGUAACCCAGAAUUUUCUCCAAUGAAAAAAAUAUCCCCGUAUGGAAAUAAUCACCUAUUAAUGAACAAACAGGGUGACCUUAGAAAUGGGAUAAACAAUUUGAGAUAUUCUCUCCUUGCGCAUGAUAAUCUCGAGAGUACCCAGCGCAUGCCUCUCUUCCUCUCCUUCAGUGUUAGACUGAACAUUCUCAUUCAGAUAAUAAACGUGCUGUGCUAUCUGCACACCUCCUCCCCAAUCGUUUAUCACAGAGAUUUGAAGUCGGCGAACAUUUUGGUCGACGAGAAGUUCAACGCCAAGCUAGGUGACUUUGGCCUUUCCUUCGUGUACAGGAAUAACAACAAUGUGUUUAACCUCACGGGAGGCACCCCCGGGUACGCCGAUCCGUACUACAUAUCCACGCACGAAAUAAACGAGCAGACAGAAAUAUAUUCUUUCGGAGCACUGAUCCUGGAAAUGUUGGUGUCAAAAUCACCCGCCGUUCACGUAGGGAAAAAUUACAACUGUAUUUACAGCACAAAUGAUAAGUGUCCCAUUCUCUGUCACAGGAAGAAAACCGAAAAUGAAGACAACGUAUUUGACUACCUAGUGAACCACAUAAAUAUGAACGACUACAAGUCAAUCUAUGCCAUCCUGGACCACAGUGUCCACUUUCCUGAUUUCCUUGUUGAAAAAUUAACCAAACUCUCCUUCCUAUGCUUAAACCCAAAUAUAAAAAACAGGCCAUCUUCCAAAUUGGUUAACUUAAUUCUACUCGAAAUACAAAAGGAGAGCGAAUUCUACAUCAAACAACAGAACGAAUUGAUGCAGAAAAAAAUAAGUUGCGCUAGCGUGAAGUUGGAUGAUUAUCACAAGGGGGGAGACAGUACCAAAGUUGGGAUGCAAAGUGAUGGGAGUGAAAAAAAACUGAAGGAAAACGAACCAAACCAUGAGAGCUAUGCCAUGAGGAAGGAAAAAAUAAACUACGACAACGUCAAAGAAAUGUUUUUCAAAUUCAUAUGCGCUGUAUUUGGGGGUGGUCAACAAAUGCAUCACCUAGACCAAGGGGGGGACGUCAUUACGAAGGACAAAAAUGUAGACAAGAAAUUACGCGUUGAUUUGAGCAUAGAAUUUUAUACCAACCUUUUGAAGGCUUUCCUUGAUGCGUGUGCGGGGAGGAGUCGAAAUACACAAGUGGCUAAUGACCAGGAGAGAAAGGAAGAGGAGCACAUCCACAACUUAUCAUUCAAGUGCAACACAGUUGGUAACUUAACUCAAAUGAAAAAUUUCUUUUUAGAUAAGCUACACAAGGAUAUAUAUUUUAAAAAUAAUGUGUUCAAUUCUUUUUCACUUAAUUUCAUGAACUGCUACUUUGCGAGGUUCAUUCGUGGCUACCUGCAAAAUUGUCAGAGCGCACCAGGUUUGGAGAGCUCGUCGAGGGGGAAGGUGGUGGAUGGGAAGGGAUCCUCCAUUGGGGGAGCCACUGAGAACCCACAGGGAAGUGCUACCAACCAGUGCCAAUUCGGAAGUUGUUCCAAUGAGAACCGCUUCGGACUUGCCAUCAAUGGGUGCCCUUUUGCAACUAUCCCGAAUGACCGAUCCUUCGCACGCGCCGCCCCCCCCUGCAAUGCAAAGGAGUUGAUCCAGCAGAGCAGAGUGCCGCAUUGCGGACUGAGGAAAGUAGGGGCAGACAAGGACGUGCACAGUCCCCUCGACUUUAAGGGAGAAGUCCAGGUAACUCCUCUGAGGGGGCAACCGACCCAGGGGGAUGGUAGCGAAAAUGGCAAUAGUCGUGGCGAAUUCCCAGGCGCACACUUAUCGGAAGGCAAAAAUUGCAGAAUGAGGAAUAAAAAAGCGAACGAAGGCGGUACAUUUUUGAAGCAAGGGGGGGAGCCCCCAGGGAAGGUGCAAAAUAGAAAGCAUGACUUCUUUCCCCCUGCUUGCACAGACCUAAUGAAGAAUGAUUAUCGGGGAGGUGAACCCUUCCAACGAAAUAGCCACGAUCCAGAGGGGAAACCCGCAGAAAGAAAGAAGCCCUCCAUCGUUAUGCACAGAAAUAAUGGAAAAAACAAAUAUAACCAUAUGGACAAUGUAAAUGCAGUUAGCCGAAGUGGCCACCCGAAUCAGGGCCCUCCAGAAAGCGUGUACCCAAAUCAACAAAACAGUACAGACUAUGAGAAGGGAAAUAACUGUCGUAAUGCUAAUAACCCCGUGAUAGGGAGAAAUCCUCAGGGGCUAUGCAAGAACAGCUGUUUUGGACAAACACAACAAAGUGCACAGAAUGGCAUAGCCAAUUGUGAAGAUGUGUUAAGUUUAUACAGUUCAGCUCUGUUGCAAAAUGAGAAAAACGUGCAACAUAACACUAGUUCGAAUAAAUGGGCUUUGAAAAGGAACUGCAGAGAGAACCCUCACAAGGUGGAGUUCAGCCUCGCGCAGAAUCAGCAACAACAACAGGGGGGAAAUGACAAGAAGAAAGUGAUGCGCAUGAACGUGGCUAUGGAGGAGGGAAAGGCCAGUGGGAACUUUGGCGCGCGCAGAGGGGGACCCCCAAGGGGGUUUGGGAUGGUAGGCGGCGUGAGUAGCGGAAGGGGCUUCCACAGAGCAAGUAAUCGAGAUAGCUUGGGGGACGACGGAGGCACGCCACAGAGGAGGGGGCCACGAGAAAACAACGUGGUUCACAUCUCCAAUUUUGCAAAUUAUCUAAACUUCGACCGAAACAGAAGCGGAGUAGACUCCAAAGCAUUCGAAUGGUUCCACAAAAAUGUGUUCGAACUGGUAAUCGAAGAAAACAAAGUAAUCUCAGAGGUAACAUUCUUAGACAUUCUCUACGAAUUCAACAUUUUUUCAUUCAAGAAAAACAACAUUCUUUCAAAUUAUGCGACAUUGUAUGGGUUCCCACUGGGGUGGGACACAACUGAGUCCUCAUCCCCAUGUAAGUACUCGCUCAGUGGAAAAUGGUUAAACUAUGGAAACGUAGAAAACAAUUUCAUUACAGAUAAUUUAACAAACGAAUUUUUUUUUGAAAUAGCUGUUCACCAUGAUCUUGUGAAGAAGACACACACAGUGUUUCUCCUAAAGUCGAACCGAUCCAAACAUCAAAUGUGUGACGACAGCGAAAUUGUUUUAAAAAAAACAUGGGUAUCAGAUUAUGUUGGAAGAAGAAAUGAAUUCGUUGAAAAAAUUUUAAAAAAAUCCAUUUCAAGCAUGCUGUAUGAGUGUAUAAGUCGCAAACACUGCUUUUUUUUGUUGCAAGUACAAAUGAAAAAGUUAAGAAGACCCACCAUUUGUAGUGAUGUCAAUGAAACGGGGACAAGGGAAGGCUUCUCCUACUACUUGUUCGAAUACAACCUCAGAGUCGCGUGCAACAGUGAUAACUGCAUUUUCUCCAACAACUAUAUUUUGUAUAAAAAUAAUAUUUAUUCUUAUACUCUCCCGUGUAACACCCUCUCCCUCCUAGUCUUUUCGGAGAACCAAAUAAUGAAGGACGAGGGGUCUCCGGGCAAGCACUCUCCCGUCACCAGGCAGGUUGUGCAUUUCCCCCUCUACCCCUUCUUCGUUAAUAUAAACCUUUACAGUGAGCGCUAG